AUGAAUAGGUCAGAGAAAUAUGCGUGCGACACGUCGCCUAGUACUUAUACGAAAAGUUCUUACAUUACGCCUGUGGAUGCAUUACAUCUUAGUCAGCAGUGGAAGAUUGAGAACUUCACAACUCUCGUGAAACUUGCUCUACCAGGGAAUUGCUUACGAACAGGUUUAUUCCGUCACCCGCAACUUCCAGAAGCCUUCUGGCAACUGUGUCUAUAUCCAGGAGGAAAACGAGCUGAGAAUGCAAAUAACGUUUCAUUAUUCUUGAAAAUGUCUUCCACAUCACCAACCAAAGAGGUACGUAUUAAGGUGGAAUAUCGCUUUCAUUUUUUAAACGACAAAGGGGUGGCGCUAUUCAGCAAUGUUAAUGUUGGUGAAUUCCAUGCCAAACCUCCGAAAGGUGGACAUUCCUGGGGUCUACGCAAUAUCCCCAAACAGAAGAUUCUGAACUGUGUGCGAGAUGAUGGUUCACUUGUUAUAUCAUGUCAUAUUGAAUUGCUGCCGGACAUCAACCGUACUCAGUGUUACAAUUCUUGGAAAUUACUUAACACAAAUGCCCGAACGGUAAGUGGUGAUUUUGUGAAGCGGCAGUUAGCAGCAUUCGACAACGGUUUUAUGGCAGAUUGCGUUUUGGAAUGUUCCGGAAGACAGAUUCCUGUUAACAAAUUUGUUUUAUCAGCUCAUUCAGAGGUAUUUAAAGCGAUGUUUUCAUAUGAUCAAUUAAUAGAAAGUACGGAGAAGAAAGUUGUUAUUGAGGAUGCUGAAUAUGAAGCUGUUAGGUGCAUGCUGCGAUAUAUGUACACAGGAGAAAUGGAACUGGAUACCGAAGUGGCAAAUGUACUGACAUUAGCAGAACGAUAUCAAAUUGAUGAUCUUAAACUGAUUUGCGAACGGAAACUUUGCAAUCAGAUUGACAAAAAUAAUGUCGGGGAAAUGCUUUAUUUGGCUGACCUUUACAAUUGUAAAAUACUUCGAAAAGCUGUAGUUGAUUUGCUACGCACCAACCACUCUGUGUUUUCGUCACACGCUUGGCGAUUAUUGAAAGAAACGAAUCCACACCUUGUCACGGAGGCAAUGGAGAAAGCGAUGUUUGGUGAAGAAUCGCCGCCACUCAAACGACAGCGUCAUCAGAAAGUGCUCAUUUCUCAACCUUCGGAUGAUGAAUCUGUUUAG